GCGAAAAUGGCCGAAAGUGAAGUGAAGUGUCAAAUACGUACGUGUUGAAAGAUGCUACUAGUAGGUGAUAAUAGAGAACUUAACAUGCAAAUAUGACAUCUUUGACAAAUCAAUUAUUAAAAAUAAUAACAAGUUUGUCUAGCACUAAAGGCGAUGGAUAAUUUGAAUAGAAAUAAGUAUUUGCCGGGUCAAAUACAGCAAACCGCUCAUCAUAAUGCAACUGCUCAUUAUUCUAUGCCACAUCAGAGAUAUGGUGAUGCAAGCCAAGCGCAAGCUGAUCCAUUUCACAUACCAAGUUCUUGUGACUAUUCCCAGUUAUGGCCUACUCAUCAACAAGCUUCUCAAACAAGGCCAUAUAAUACAGUUUUUGAUCCCAGGAACUAUAAUACCGCUGCAUUAGAUCACCAACCACGAAAUAUAUCUCCUAGAUGCACAUACCAAGAAAAUUUGUCAAGAAUAGUGCUCCCAAAUACACAACCAAAUCAGCAAAGUGUCAUACAAGAAAUAAAUAAUGAAAAUAAGUAUGAAGCAAACUCACUAGCGUAUGCAAACAUCAAUCAUGUGUACAACCCAUACCAUCAUCAUCGAUUGUUAACAAAUCAUGAUUAUUGUCCCCCAGAACUGUUUCCUCACAAUGCGGGAGAUGGUUCCCAAAGCAUUUUACCAAGAGAUGAUGCUUUACAUAAGGUAGCAUCUAAUGUCCGAUAUGUACCAAAAGAAAUAGCAAGACCUUAUGCUACAAAACCCUUCAAUGAGUCUCACCAUUCAAACCCAAGUUGUUGUGGCCCAUCGUCAUCUACGGCAUAUAACCAUGAAAUCUAUCAAAAUCAUCAAAGACUUUUAGACAAAUCCAAAGUGACAACUACUGAUUAUGCUAAUCAUCAAUCAAAAUUAUUUGAGAGGCCAAAGCUGACACAUUCAGAAUAUAUUAAUCAUCAAAAAAUACUUGACAGAUCAAAAUUGCACAAUUCUGAAUACAUGUAUGGUAAAUAUGGUGAUGUUCUAUCACACUACGAGGAUUUAGCUCAAAAUUAUAAUCCUAGGACUAUUAAUCAAUAUAUUAGUGGCGAUCAAAAAGCAUAUGCAGCCAUGCAAAAAACACUUUAUAACAGAUCUCAGCAUUUUAUGCCACAGGUGAAUGCACAGCAUUCAAGAGUCCAACCAAAUACAUAUGAAUCCAGUAGAAUACCUUAUCCGCAAAGCAGCUAUGAUGGGGUUUUAGCUAAUCAUAAAUUGUAUCAAGAUUAUCAACAAAAAAAUAACUCGGUAAUAAUGAAGCCGGAAAGCUUGCAUCCAUCUGUUAUUGUUAGUCGACCUUUGGAUAGUAACCUCACUUACACAAAUCGACUUCAAAAACAUUGCAGAGAUCAAACCUUCAGUAAAGCACCCACCAUGUUUAAUCAUAACAAUAAUAACUAUCCCAGCUCUUCUUCUACAAAUAUGAGAUGUAUGGAAAUUAAACAACCACAUUAUGAAGACAAUUACGGCCCCAAAUAUCCAAAACAGGACAUUUAUUAUAACUCAAGGCAGCCUCAAUACAUUUAUCCGUCCACUAUAUAUUCUCCUAAUGUGAUAUCUCCAACAGAUUCUAAUGUGAGUGAUACAAGUUCAACUAAACAAUAUUUGUUAGAUGAAAGCAAUUAUGUUAGUCGAAGCUCAACAUCUAGUAGUGUAGGAAGUGUUUUCAAUCAUGAUGGAGAAUUCAAAAAUCCUGCAAAGUGUGUGACAAGAAAAAAUAUUACUGAAGUGGCUGCCAAGGAAAAUUAUGCUAGUGAUGUUGAAAAUUUUAUAAAUACGUCUAUUGUGAAACGGUCAUCUGAGAAUGAUAAAGACAAAUUAGAUUUGCGCAAGUUUCUCUCGACUUGGGAUGAAACUGAUGAUGAAGUGAUUAAUCAGGAAACAGAAAAAAAUAUUACAAAUGUUAGUUCAAAUGAACAAUUGUAUGUUUUGGAAUAUACAGAUAUAUCAAGUGAGGAUUUAGAUAAAUAUAAGCAUAUUACACAAGUUACAAAGUUACCAGAAAAUAUUUGUGGUUUUUCAUCUGUCGUGAAUGACCAAAGUGCUACAGGUAUGCAAUAUGUUAAUAAUGAAAUCAGGACUACUCAAGAUGUUAAUGCUAAUAAUUUCAAUAGCUCAAAAGAAAAUUCUUCUAUAUCAUACAAUAAUUUGAAUUGCAAGACUGUUGAAAAAACAGAUCAAAAUCUUACAGUUAUUUCAACUAAAAUAAAUGACAAUAAUAUAUCAUGCAGUGCUUUAGAUAAAUCCAUAUCUAAAUGUCAGGAAACUAAUUUGCAGUUAAUUGAAAGGCCACCAAGCCCAGUGGAUAUUGAAACCAUAUUAUCCCAGUCUGUUAUUAGCAAAGACGCGAUUGCAUGCAGUUUUGAUAUAAAGCCUUGCGAUGCAGUUCAGAAGCAAUUGACUGUUCAUAUAUCUCACACAGAUAUUCAACCUAACAAUGCUGAUUUAAAAACUACCACAGACAUAGGUGUUCAGACACUUUGUGAGCAAAAUAUUGAAAAGCUGAACCCUACCUGUGAAUCAGAUCCAAAACGACUAUUUUGGAAUUAUACCCAAGCGCAAAAAUAUCCAAAAUCUAUUGUAAAUAGACCUGAUUAUUAUCAACAGAAUUCUAUUAAGCCAGUCCCUAGUUAUCACUUGCCAGGUGAUUCAAAUACAUUCACAAAUAACUAUGUGAAUGACCAAGUUUCAGCUGAUUCAUGCAGAUAUAGUGAUACGAGUCAAGAAAAAAGUAUUUUGACUGACUGCAUGUAUGGUAAUAGUAAUACAGUCAAAGAUUUUUCAGUGGCACGAAAUAUUUCAGGAAACUUCAAUGCAUUAUCAAAAGAGUAUAAUGGUGUAAAUUUUAGUAAAGAUAGUUGCAAAAAUCAAGUCAUUAGCAAAACACCAAUAUCACAAAUUCAGAAACAGUCUUUUAGCAUUGACAAAAAUAAUGGCACAGGGGAAAAUUUAAUUCAGACAGAUAACCAUUUUAAAAAUAAUCAUAUGACAUUUGAUUCUAUGCAAGAAAAUAUUACAAGACAAGUAAAAUCGAACAUAGAAAAUAAAUUUCAAAUUUUGUCUGAUGUUUUAAUAACAGACAGAGAUAAGAAACAUAUUUUGAAAAACUGUAAUUAUCAAGAUCCAUUAAGUGAACUAUCUGUUAGUAGUUUAAAUAAACCUUCAUUAAAUAAUAUAAUCACUCAGAAUGUAAACGAUUUUAAAGCUGGCAUUGUAAUUAAAUCAGAUGAUAAAAAUGAUGAACAAGAGCUAAGCAAAUCUGAUAAUAUAGAUUUCAAGAGUGAUGGACAAAAUGAGAAAGAUUUCAGAGAUGUACCACCUAAUACUACCAUUUCUAAUACUAGUGGGCAAGACCAGAGUUUAUACUUAUGCAAGGAGAAUGUGGAGCUCAAAAAUGUAGUAAAAGGAAAUAAUUCUUGUGAUCAGAAAUCUGCAGAUAGUGCUUUUGUUCAUGGUGAUAAUAUUGUUGAAGAGAUUGCUCCAAAUGAAAAGACAAUUGAAUCAUUGACUCAAAAGGAUGCUAUUGUAGAGAGCUAUAGUUGCAAAGUAUUGGGUAAUAAUAAUAUCAAAAUGAUUUUUACCAAAGAGAAAAGUCCCAAAGAAUUGAAACAAAAUCAAAGUGAAUAUUCAGAUGAAUUAAUAUUUAAUUUGGAUAAGAAACCAAUAAGGAUGCCUGAGAGCAGUAACAUGAAGAAUAGUUUAACUGAACAACUUUCUGGUGUAGAUAUCUUCUAUAAAACUUCGUUUUCUGAAUCAUUAACCAACAAUGGAAAAUUUGCCAGUAGUAAUGCAAGCAUUAAUUCUGCUGGUACUGAAAUCUUUUCAAUUGAAAACAAAAUAGAUGGUAAUAAAAUAGCUGACUUUACACCUUGUAGAUAUUCUGAAGAGUGUAUUAAUUUAUCUGAUAAAAACAAAAUUUCUUGUGAUGCAGUCAAUAAUAAUACCACCUGCCAAGAAUUUGAGAAUAAGGAAGUUUCUUUAAAAGAAUGUUCACAAAAAGAUGAUGUGAAAAAUGAAACAUCAAUGUCAAUUCAUAAAGAUAAAGUUCCUAAUGAAUUUAUAAGUAAUUGUUCUAUUCGAAAUGAAACCUGUAUUAUUACUAAGAGUGAUCAUGAGUUACAAUCAGUCAAUGAAUGUGGAAAUUUUGCUGUUCUAGACAAAGAUGUUAAUCCAAAUAGCGAACUAAAUUAUAAGAUUAAAACAUCACACUCAAAUAUCUACCAAAAUCAGUUUAAAAAUGUUGAUGACAAUCAAAUAAACAUUCACAAAUUAAAUGCUCCUAUUCAAAAGUCAUCUAUCAAAGAUCAGUGUGAUUUUAUUCCUAAAUGUGACAAUGAAAGUUUAAUAUUUGAAAAAGAAAAUAAUUUUGGACCACAUAACAAUAAUAAGGAAAUUGUUAUUAGGAAAGAGGAAUCUACCUGUCAACUUAAAAAUAAUUUAACAGAUAUGACAUUUGAUGAGAUCUCAAAUGAAUUGCAAUAUAAAGAAAAUAAAUCCAAAUAUGAUUUGGGCACUGCAAUUAAUGUAGAUAAAUUACCAGAAAGCAUGACUGUAAACGAUGUAGCAGAUAUUGAAGCUUCAAACACUACUGUGAUUGAAGAUGAAAACAUUAAUUGUGAAGUGGAAACGGCAUUAAAUUUAAAAAUAAUGACAAAAGAUUUUGAAUAUGAAAAUAGAAAUAAAAUGCAUGAAUAUGUAAAAGCAGAUAGCAAACUGGACGAAGUCCCUGGAAUGGUUUUGGGUAAUUUGGUAGAUAGAUUAGACACUUCUAAAAACGCUAUGUCAACUGAAAUUCAAUACAAAGAGCUAUUAGGCAAACAUGACUCAGAAUCAUAUGAUAACACCUUGUUAGAUGAUACAGAUAAUCAAAAACAUAACAAAAUUAUUGACCUUGAUCAUCAAAAUGAUUCUUUAUCAGGCAUUUCUAAAAUAACCGAUGAUAAUCAAGAACUAGUUUUAAAAGGAAUGCAAAUACAAAAGUUGAUAAGGAAAUAUAAAUCGAAAAGAAAAAGCAAUCUAAGUAGGAUUGCACUUGAUAGUAGAAAUAAAAUGUAUGAUUCUGAUAAUGUGAAAUAUGAUGAUCCUUCUACAAGAUCAGAGACAGUUAAUUCAUCAGUCUUUAAUGCAGAAUAUUUAAAAACAACAGCCAAUGUAAUUGACAUUCCUUCAAAUAAAACGGAUGCAGAACCAUCUAUAAGUUUAAAACAUUUAUCACAUUUCAAUAAUUCUAUUCAGUCUUUGAAAAUAACACACUCCAAUAUUGACAAACUUAAGUCUGAUGUAUCAGAAACAAUAGAGACAAGUAUUGAGACAAUGUGUGAAAUGAAUGAAAAUCUUCAUGAAAAUAAUGACAGUAAUAAUGAUAUUUCACUAGUGGACCAAGAGCAAAAUGAGAUAUCACAUUUCGGUGAAACUCAAAGUUAUAACAUUGAAACUAAUGCAGAUUUAAUUGAUAAAGAGAAAAUAGAUAAGCCAUUGCAAGGAAUCAAUGAUAAAUCUGAACUCAAUGUAAGCAGUAAUAAUUUAUCAGCAACUAAUACAAAUUUUAGCAAGGAUGAUAUUGGAGAAAUGUAUAGUACAAACACAAAAGUACCAGAAAAAACUAUUUUGUUUGAUAUGCCAGUCAAUCAAUUUUUAGGUAGUGAUAAGAAGAUGCAAAAUAUGGCCAGUGUUACUGAUGAAAUAGAGAAGUUAAUAGCUGAUGGUGCUGAUGAGCAGGAAACUGAAAAUUCUGUUAUUGUGGAUAAAUAUUCUAGAAUUUCAACUGUUGAGAAUAUUCAUUUGGAGCAUGCAUUGGAAAUGAAGGAAGCAAAUCGAGAUGAAGUUGAAGCAAAGAAAGAUGAUGAAGAACAUAUAGAAUUAGAGUCUCAAACCUCUGAUAAUCUACAGAAGUAUGAUAAUAACUGUAGUGAAUCUUCAUUGGAUAUUGUCUAUUUCCAAUGUGAUGACAGCACAUUUACUUUGGAUUGUGAAAAUGUUGAUUAUGGUAGUCAGCUGUAUCUAACUGAUUCAUUGGAAGUAGUUUUAGAAAAAGCUGAAGAGAGCACAGAGCAAAAUCUACACAUAGUAUUGGUUGAAAAAAAGAAGAUUGAAAGUCAAGAUUUACUUCAAUUUGCUGUGAAGACUGAGGAAUGUAACAAAGAACUUUCAGAUACAAAAAUUAAUACAAAUUUGAAUACUAUAAAGGAAAUGGAAAUAGGUUAUAAGAAAAAUAACUCACAUAAUCAUUUAACAGACCAAAAUAAAAGUGCUUUAUUAGAAAAUGGUUGCUUUGUUAAUAAUGCUGAAAAUUCUAAGUCAUUGAAACACAACAACAAUUCUGAAAAAAUGUGCACUGAUCAACAAGAUUCUUCUAAUUUAAGGGAUAAUUCUGAGUUGUUAGUGAUAGAUGAAUUUUCUAAUAACUCAAAUAAUGAACAAAUUGACACUACUGCAAAAUUGUUCAAAUUAAGAAAUAUGAAGUAUUUAGAAGCAAACAAUUUUAUGGAUGACAAUAAAAAAUUGGAAAGAAGGCAGUCACCUGAAGUUUUUUUGAAAGAUGAAAUUUCAAAUAAUAAAGUUAAAAAACAUAAUUUCCGUUCAGUGAAAGUUGUUAAUAGAAACACCAAAGAAAUAAUAGAGUAUAGAAGUAUUGAUAAAAGUUCUGCUAAUAACGUACACACUGUCAGUAAUAUUGAUAAAAGUGGUGAGCAAGACGGAAAUAAUGUGCAGCCUACUGACAUUGCAGAUGACUUAAACUGUGUUGAUGUGGAUAGUGUUGACACUGAAACUUACUCGAAAUGCGACAAAAACAUUAAACUUAUUGAUAAACCACUCAAGAAGCAAAUUGUAGUUUUAUCAGAAAAUGAUUUUGAUGACGGCUGUCCAAAAUCGAAUACUAAUAAUAAUAACGACCCCAAAGAAAUUUCUUCUCAUAUUUGCUACCUUCAAGAUAGCGAUUUUAAUACCAGAUCAGAUUUAAGUCGGAUCAUGACUCCGAAACAUAUUUCAACACCAGAAAUACCAAAGUCUAACGCAAAUAAUUAUGCGACUUUAGAUCAGAGUUUCCAUUUAGAUCAAAACUGCACAAGUAAUGAAGGGUGGUGUAAUGAAAAUUCUGCAAAUGAUACUAAUUCAAAUUAUGAAUUUUUUGAUAUGAUUUUCAAAAAAUUGUUAAAUGACCGAUAUAAAGUUAAACGAAAAAUCAAAUUGAAUGAUAAUGUCAAUCUAUGUGAAAAUGACAGUGUUUUCAAUGAUGUAUAUAUGAAUAAACCUAAACAGAUUGCCCAAAAUAACUUUGAUACCAAAGAUAAGUUAGACCAAAGACGUUUGAGAAAAAGUGUGAUAACGCAUUCUGGGUUUGAAUUUCAAAAUAAAGAUUCAGUUAGGAAACAUAACGUCAACAUAGAUUUUGAAGACAUUGAUUGCGCCCAUCAUUGCAAGGAGACUAUGCUUUCUGAGGACAUAAAUAAAAAAUCACAUAGUGAUAACAUAGAUAAUACUUUUAUGAAGAAAUUUACAAUUCAACAAGAAAGGGCCACAGAUAUAAUUAUGGGUUUUGAAAAAAUUGACUCUCCAGUGGUACAAUCCCAUGAAGAAAUCAGCAAUUGUGAGGAAAACCAACUUAACUAUGAUGUGGAACAUUCUUUAGUUCGUUCGCAACAGAGAAACGCACUUGAGCAUGAAGAGGCAAUUUCGAAAUCUGGUUCUUCAGAUGAAGUUGAUAAGGAGUUUGAACAUAAUAUAUAUAACACAAAACAAAAAAUGAGCAUAAAACCCGAAGAAUCUAUAAAAUUUCAACCUGAUCACUUUAAAGUGAAAAUAAAACAAAGAAAUAAUUUUUACAAUAGACCGAAGAUACAACGAAGACAUAGCAUUGCUGCAAUAUACUACACUGAACAAUCGACACAAAAUCUAAAUGAAAUUAUAAAUAAUUUAGGAAAUAGUAGUGAGUCUGCUGAUAAACCAUUGUAUGUAGGAAAUAGUAGUCAUAGGGAUAACAAGGGUUAUAAAUUGCUUAUUAGAAAACGGAAUUUUGCGGGUGAUUACGUUAAUCCAAAAAAACAAAGCGAAUGUGUUGAAGAUGGUUUAAAAAUACGCGAUGAGCGGCAAGGGCACGAUAAGGAGAGAGUUGAAAAUAAUUCAGAAGAAAAUAAUUCUGAAACUAAAUUUUUGUCCGAAGACCUGGUUGUUACAAACAAAGAAAUUGUUUCCUCUAUUAAAGUAAAUGACCUUAAACUCUUGAAUAAUCACGCCAAUAAUAGCUCUAAGAAAUCGCGUCUACAAACUGAAGACAAAAUAAAGGUAAACCGUUCUAUUGAUGUUUAUUCGAUUCCAGAUGCACGAACUGACACGUGCCCCCGAAGCAAUAAUAUGUUCGACAUAUCUACGAAGCCAAAGAUUCAAAGUAAAAGUCGAGUAAAUAGCAACGCAAUUGUUAAGAAAUUGCAUGAUGAUAAAUGCGGGAAUAAUAAUAACAAUAUUAUUGAAAACAACAAUAAAUUUGAUUCUAAAGCCUUUUCAUUGAAUGAAGAGUUUGAAAUAAAAACUGUUACCGAGAAUGUCAGCGAUGUACAUAAUGAUCCUAAUGAAAUUGAUGCUAUCACCGAGGAUGCAAAUGUUAUUGAAAAAAAAUCAAAUAAAGUCUGCUUAAAUAGCAUUAUACCCAAAAAUCAGUUUAAAGAAUAUGAUCUCGAACUUAAAGCAAAAUCUAGAAAAAGAAAUUUUGAAGACGCACUAAAUAGCAUAGACGAACAAUAUCACAGCAAAAGUUUAAAGAAGAAGCAUUCGCCCAAACACGUAAUUCCGAAGUUGGUGAUAAAGAAAGAUGACUAUGGCGUACAUUACGCUAGUGAGAAAGAAUCGAGUUCUUGCAAUUCUGCUUUGAAAAAUGAAGAAAAGAAAAGCUUAAAGUCUUCUGCCUCUCCGUACAAAAAUAAAGAUAUGGGAAAGGAUAAUGUUUUUUUCUCAAAUCCUUGUACAACAGAGCGCAAGGCUCUUAAUUUAGAAAAAGCUGAAGAGAGCACAGAGCAAAAUCUACACAUAGUAUUGGUUGAAAAAAAGAAGAUUGAAAGUCAAGAUUUACUUCAAUUUGCUGUGAAGACUGAGGAAUGUAACAAAGAACUUUCAGGUAAUGAUUAUUUUUUGUGUAUUUAUAAUCCAGACAUGGAAUGUAUUUCUGAAUCUGAUGCACCUAUAGAAAAUUGCAAGAGCGUACCAACAGAAUGUUCAAAGUCUUUAAUUUCUAAACAAAAUAUAGAACAAAAUUUAAUACCAUUUGAUGAAAACAGUGCUAUUUUACAUGAUUUGCAAGAUGAAUUAUCUCUAAAUAAUUUUCCGUUGUUUGAAGAAAUUGUAUGUGAUAAAAAAGUAAUAUUUACUUCUGAUGAUGACAGUAAUAGUAAUGCUCACAUUGAUACUAAUGAACCCAUUAUUUCUGAAAAUGUCGUUUUAGAUACAAAAAUUAAUACAAAUUUGAAUACUAUAAAGGAAAUGGAAAUAGGUUAUAAGAAAAAUAACUCACAUAAUCAUUUAACAGACCAAAAUAAAAGUGCUUUAUUAGAAAAUGGUUGCUUUGUUAAUAAUGCUGAAAAUUCUAAGUCAUUGAAACACAACAACAAUUCUGAAAAAAUGUGCACUGAUCAACAAGAUUCUUCUAAUUUAAGGGAUAAUUCUGAGUUGUUAGUGAUAGAUGAAUUUUCUAAUAACUCAAAUAAUGAACAAAUUGACACUACUGCAGCAAAAUUGUUCAAAUUAAGAAAUAUGAAGUAUUUAGAAGCAAACAAUUUUAUGGAUGACAAUAAAAAAUUGGAAAGAAGGCAGUCACCUGAAGUUUUUUUGAAAGAUGAAAUUUCAAAUAAUAAAGUUAAAAAACAUAAUUUCCGUUCAGUGAAAGUUGUUAAUAGAAACACCAAAGAAAUAAUAGAGUAUAGAAGUAUUGAUAAAAGUUCUGCUAAUAACGUACACACUGUCAGUAAUAUUGAUAAAAGUGGUGAGCAAGACGGAAAUAAUGUGCAGCCUACUGACAUUGCAGAUGACUUAAACUGUGUUGAUGUGGAUAGUGUUGACACUGAAACUUACUCGAAAUGCGACAAAAACAUUAAACUUAUUGAUAAACCACUCAAGAAGCAAAUUGUAGUUUUAUCAGAAAAUGAUUUUGAUGACGGCUGUCCAAAAUCGAAAUACUCUAAUAAUAACGACCCCAAAGAAAUUUCUUCUCAUAUUUGCUACCUUCAAGAUAGCGAUUUUAAUACCAGAUCAGAUUUAAGUCGGAUCAUGACUCCGAAACAUAUUUCAACACCAGAAAUACCAAAGUCUAACGCAAAUAAUUAUGCGACUUUAGAUCAGAAUUCAGUUAGGAAACAUAACGUCAACAUAGAUUUUGAAGACAUUGAUUGCGCCCAUCAUUGCAAGGAGACUAUGCUUUCUGAGGACAUAAAUAAAAAAUCACAUAGUGAUAACAUAGAUAAUACUUUUAUGAAGAAAUUUACAAUUCAACAAGAAAGGGCCACAGAUAUAAUUAUGGGUUUUGAAAAAAUUGACUCUCCAGUGGUACAAUCCCAUGAAGAAAUCAGCAAUUGUGAGGAAAACCAACUUAACUAUGAUGUGGAACAUUCUUUAGUUCGUUCGCAACAGAGAAACGCACUUGAGCAUGAAGAGGCAAUUUCGAAAUCUGGUUCUUCAGAUGAAGUUGAUAAGGAGUUUGAACAUAAUAUAUAUAACACAAAACAAAAAAUGAGCAUAAAACCUGAAGAAUCUAUAAAAUUUCAACCUGAUCACUUUAAAGUGAAAAUAAAACAAAGAAAUAAUUUUUACAAUAGACCGAAGAUACAACGAAGACAUAGCAUUGCUGCAAUAUACUACACUGAACAAUCGACACAAAAUCUAAAUGAAAUUAUAAAUAAUUUAGGAAAUAGUAGUGAGUCUGCUGAUAAACCAUUGUAUGUAGGAAAUAGUAGUCAUAGGGAUAACAAGGGUUAUAAAUUGCUUAUUAGAAAACGGAAUUUUGCGGGUGAUUACGUUAAUCCAAAAAAACAAAGCGAAUGUGUUGAAGAUGGUUUAAAAAUACGCGAUGAGCGGCAAGGGCACGAUAAGGAGAGAGUUGAAAAUAAUUCAGAAGAAAAUAAUUCUGAAACUAAAUUUUUGUCCGAAGACCUGGUUGUUACAAACAAAGAAAUUGUUUCCUCUAUUAAAGUAAAUGACCUUAAACUCUUGAAUAAUCACGCCAAUAAUAGCUCUAAGAAAUCGCGUCUACAAACUGAAGACAAAAUAAAGGUAAACCGUUCUAUUGAUGUUUAUUCGAUUCCAGAUGCACGAACUGACACGUGCCCCCGAAGCAAUAAUAUGUUCGACAUAUCUACGAAGCCAAAGAUUCAAAGUAAAAGUCGAGUAAAUAGCAACGCAAUUGUUAAGAAAUUGCAUGAUGAUAAAUGCGGGAAUAAUAAUAACAAUAUUAUUGAAAACAACAAUAAAUUUGAUUCUAAAGCCUUUUCAUUGAAUGAAGAGUUUGAAAUAAAAACUGUUACCGAGAAUGUCAGCGAUGUACAUAAUGAUCCUAAUGAAAUUGAUGCUAUCACCGAGGAUGCAAAUGUUAUUGAAAAAAAAUCAAAUAAAGUCUGCUUAAAUAGCAUUAUACCCAAAAAUCAGUUUAAAGAAUAUGAUCUCGAACUUAAAGCAAAAUCUAGAAAAAGAAAUUUUGAAGACGCACUAAAUAGCAUAGACGAACAAUAUCACAGCAAAAGUUUAAAGAAGAAGCAUUCGCCCAAACACGUAAUUCCGAAGUUGGUGAUAAAGAAAGAUGACUAUGGCGUACAUUACGCUAGUGAGAAAGAAUCGAGUUCUUGCAAUUCUGCUUUGAAAAAUGAAGAAAAGAAAAGCUUAAAGUCUUCUGCCUCUCCGUACAAAAAUAAAGAUAUGGGAAAGGAUAAUGUUUUUUUCUCAAAUCCUUGUACAACAGAGCGCAAGGCUCUUAAGUUACGAAUUUCGAAAUCGAAUUUACAGAAACAAAAAUCUAACAUUCCACCUUUGAAAGCGGAAGAAGUCCAAAAUAUUGAUACCGCAGUUUCAUCUAAUUCUUGCAUUUUACAAACAAGACUCAAAGUUCACGAAUCGAAAUUAAUGAUAGAAGAGAUAAAUUCGCGGUUGCGUGACACUGAUUUGAAGUUAGAAGCAUUUUCGAACUUCAACAGCUUAUCGGUGAAUUUAGAAAAACGCGAUGACAUCAAUUACCUUAGCAAGGUGCCCGGAAGUAGAAUUAAAGUUUUACCAAACGAUAGUUUGUCUAUCGUUGAUAGCGCGCGCUCUUUUAAAACUUUCGGAGCGAAUACUAUAAAUAUCGAUGGAUUGAGCCAGAGUAGUAAAUAG